CAGAACCGCCUUUGACCUGGGAGAGUGUGUGUAGAUAACAUGAGGGCAAAGGUCGUAGCAGUGCAGCGAUGGCGACGACAAAUGUGCUCAAGCUCUGAGUUGCUGUGAAGCUGAAGCCAAAAUGAUCUUCAGACGGAAGUUUGUGCUGCGGUACCUGCUGAUGUGGGCCAUGUUGGCGUUCCUUCUCUUCCUCAGCUCCCUCUGGCUACACCAGGAAGAAGUGGGCGACUGCGGCCCUGCAGGGCAUCCAUGCCGCAGAGUCAGCCACAAAAAUCAAAAACCCAUUUCCCUUCCUGAAAAGUGGGCGGGGCCUGACAUUGCGCCACACCUCAUCAAGGAGUGUCCUGGCCAAACUUUUCAAGCAUCCCAACUGCUGACGUUCCUGAAGGCCAGCCUGUCGGAUGAGGAUGAUGUUCUCUUGGGUCCAUAUCUGCAGAGCUGGGAUCAGCUGAUCAGUUUCAUGGAGUCACUCGGGACGGUGGUGGGAUUCUUCUCCCAGAAGGUGAUCGAAAAGGUGUCGCUGAUACGAGAGCUUUCUCUGAAGCACGCAGCAGAGACUCGCUGGAACUCAGGACUCCAAACUAUCGCCUCAUUUGGACUGGACACCGGGAUGUAUCGUUCCGUCCGCUCCAUGGUGGAGGCCGAACUCAAGGCCGGAGUGGUCAACUUCUCCUGGCGCACUGACUCGGGCUGCCGAACGCUGCUGCGGCUGCAUCGCUCGCAGCUGUGGCUGAAGCUGAUGCUGGAAGGGCUGACGGAGCCGCCAGACGCCGAGGGACGAUUCAAAACACCAGGAGAGCUCUGCAGAGACGCCUACCAGGUGGCGCUGGCGCCCCAUCACCCCUGGAUGCUCCGUCAAGCCGCUGAGCUGGUCUUCCACGCGCUGCCAGACAGGAAGUACUUCCUGCAGCUGGUGUGUGUUCAGAGCCAGAGCGAGGCGGUACCAGUCCUGCGUGUCAUCAUCCACGCUCUGACGCUGGUGCACGCCAGAACCCAGAGAGUCCUGGAGGAGCAUGGGAUGCUGGAGCUGCCUUGAAGGAUUCCAGCACAACACAAAGCUAUUUAUUCUCUGAAACUCCAUCUUCGUACUUGAAAGGUUAUUUUGGAUUUUGACUGUGGAAUUAUUUAUUACCAUGUGACCACAAGAAGGCAAGAAAGCUGUGCUGACGGACUUUUGUCUCCAAGUUUUUAAAAAUACGAUCAGACACUGUGAAUGAAAACGCUUUUUGGAGUUGGCUGGGGGAAGACUUCGAUGUGAAGCCAAGAAGGAGAAGUGAAGAGUGAAAUGUUACAGUGUGUACUUUAAUUCCAACAGAAUCUAACCUACCAGCAAAAGACCACUUGAGGUCCGUGUGCUUAAAUGUGCACUUCUGUUCUGGGAAGCGCUCUAAGACGAAGCCCACAGUAGUGAAAGUGUUUUGUGCCCUAAGUUAAGACCAUUUAGUGGCUCAUACAACAACAAAAAAAUUCAAACAAAACAAAUUUUCGAAGUGAGGUUCUGCUGUGUGAGCGAUAGAAAGCCUGAGUCCAUGGUGAUUUGGGUGUCUUGAAUACAUUCAACCUGCGAUCUGUGUGCGACCUACAGGGGGCGCUCAAGAUCUGCAAAAAAAAGCUCUUCUGUUUCUACAUAUCAACUGCAGGACUUCACCAGUGUCACCGGUUGUCAGAAAAAAAACCAAAAAGAAGACAACAAUUGGGGAAACACUAAAACAAUCUCAAGCAUUUUCUCAGUGUGUAACAUAAUCUCAACAGCUGGAGUGUUACUCACCUAAACUUUGGUCCAAGUGUUCUCAUGAAGGGCUCUUAUGACCAAACGUGAUGGUUCAUGAAACACACUGCGCACCCCGUUGACAGGAUGCUGCACAUCUUUCACUCGGCCUAACAACUAAAAGCAGGGAUCAGCAGUCACGACUCACUUCCAAUUGAAGAUCACAAGUCCAGUUUAAACCUCGCUUCUGAUUGGUUCAUUGGCUCAGGCUUGAGUGUUGUGUAUGUGGGAGGUGCAGAGACCUUCACACAGACGAGCCCUGUCCAUGUGACGAAGGGUUUCCAGAGUCGACGGCGACCGGAGCAACACUGUGCAUCUUCAGGCAGUGACUCUGUGUGAAGGUUUUGUGGCACAGCUUGCAUUUGUACGGCCGCUCUGCGUUGUGUGUCCUCAUGUGAAUGGUGAGGUGCAUUUUCAUGCC